GCCGGUUUCGCCCCGUAGCCAUGGCCGCCGCACCCGCGCACCCUGGUGGGCGCUCCCGUGCGCAGAUGCCUCACCUGAGCAAGAUGGAGCGGAUGGUCUUGAGUAUGCAGGACCCUGACCAGGGCGUGAAGAUGCGGAGCCAGCGACUGCUCAUCGCAGUCGUUCCUCACGCUGUGACUGGCAACGACAUCGUGGAGUGGCUGAUCCAGAAGUACUGCAUCUCAGAGGAGGAGGCCCUGCACUUGGGCAUCCUCCUGGUGCGGCAUGGCUACCUAUAUCCACUUCGCGACCCCUGCAGCCUCGUGCUCCAGCUUGAUGAAACGCUCUACAGGUUCCAGACACCCUAUUUCUGGAUGAGCACUCUGCGGCCAGCUGCGGAGCUGGACUAUGCCAUCUACCUGGCCAAGAAGAACAUCCAAAAGCAGGGGGCCCUGGUUGACCACGAGAAGGAGCACUAUGACCAGCUGCACAGGAAAAUCAACCAUACAUGGGACCUUGUAGUGAUGCAGGCAAGAGAACAGCUGCGGGCAGCUAAGCAGCGCAGGAGGGCAGACAGGCUGGUCAUUGCGUGCCAGGAGCAGACAUACUGGCUGGUGAACAGACCCCCGCCUGGGGUCCCCAGCGUACUGGAGCAGGGUCCAGAACGGGGAUCCUGCCUUGCCAGGCGAGUGCAGAUGACCAAGAACACGGAUUUCUAUAAGCAGGAGAUCGAGUACUGCAGAAAGGCCCUGGGCAGGACCCGGGUGAAGUCUUCUGUCUGCCUUGAGGCGCACCUGAAGUUCAGCAGCCAGCACGGGCCACAUGACCCAAUCAUGUCGGGAUGCCUCCCCAGCAACCCCUGGAUCACAGACGAUGACACCUACUGGGCCAUGAACACAUCCAGUGUGGCUGCACCCACAAAGCUCCGUGUAGAGCGAUGGGGCUUCAGCUUCCGGGAACUCCUGGAAGAUCCCGUGGGACGGGCCCAUUUCAUGGACUUUCUCAGGAAAGAGUUCAGUGCCGAGAACCUCAGCUUCUGGGAGGCGUGUGAGGAGCUGCGCCACGGAGGGCAGGCCCAGAUCCCUGCCCUGGUGGACUCUGUGUACCAGCAGUUCCUGGCCCCUGGCGCUGCCCGCUGGGUCAAUAUCGACAGCCAGACGAUGGAGCUGACCCUGGAGGGCCUGUGCCGGCCCCACCGCUAUGUCCUGGAUGAGGCCCAGCUGCACAUCUACAUGCUGAUGAAGAAGGACUCCUACCCGCGGUUCCUGAAGUCGGACACAUACAAAGGUUUGCUUGCAGAGGCCAUGAUCCCCCCGGAGACAAAGAGACGAGUGUUCCCAUUCACGUGGAAGCCACGGCAGCUGAGCCCCACACCUGCUUUCCUUCCUGCCUCCGCCUCUGCCUCCAGGGAACCUGCAGGGGCUGCCCGUGGCCCUGGAGGUGGUGAUGGGGAGGUGUAGGUGGGCCUGAGCUUGGAGGAGGAAGCGGCCAGCCUCGCCUCUUAUCACCCCUUUCUAGCCUAGGGUUCUGGCAGAUGCUGAGGUCCCCAGCAUGGGUAUCCCCUAGUGCACAGAGGGUCUGGCCUUGCUGUGGGGACACGAGUCUCUCUCAGGAGUUCCAGAAGGAACCGGUCCAGGUGCUGACUUCCAGGAAGGGGGUGUCAUUGGCUGAGCUUCGAUCACCUGGAGACAAGAUGGGCAAACCAGACCAAGGCCACGCUCCUGGUGUUAUGUAGCCUUCAGUUAGAUGCCCACCCCCAGCUCC